ACUGUGGCAACGGAGGACGCGGCCGGUGCCGGGUGACGGUUGCAGGCGGCGGUUGCAGGCGGCGGUAAGCUAUGGAUAUGGAUAUAGAUAGUAUUUCCUCAGUCUCUUCUCUGCAGUCCCUUGCCAAGCUACUCAGUGAUGCUCAAGAAGAAGAUGACGACGACGACGACGACGAUGGGCCACGCUGUUCUGUUAGUGCCAUGGCUCCUGGUAAUAUUGGACCAGUAAAGAAAGAGACCACUGUUACAGGUACUUUUCAAGUGAAAUCUGAAAAUAGUAAAAUGAUUUGGAAUACAGAGGAAGUCCCAGAAGGAUCAGAAUUUGAUGAUACCUGGGAUCCUAGGGAACAGCCAGAGUAUGAGAUUUUAUUCAAACAGCGAGUGGGAACAGAGGACGUCUUCUUAGGGAUGAGCAGGAAAGACCCUUCCACAGCCUGCUGUGAAGACAUGGUGAUUAAAAUCAAACUGCCAGAGACAAAGUUCUCGGACAUCACUUUAGACAUCCAGGACAAGGUUCUUGACCUUCGAACCCCACAAAAGAAGCUGUUGCUGCACCUCCCCCACCCUGUGGACAGCAGGAAUGGAAAAGCUCAUUUCCUCUCCGAAGAGGAGAUCUUGGAAGUCACCUUGAGGAUGACAAGGGAGUUUGACUUCAUCAAUUUCGCCUGAUGGAUAGAGAAGUGGGGAAAAUUUUCAAAAAGUGACCCCUGAACUUUUGAAGUCUUCUCAGGAUCUAACUGGUCAUCAAACAGUAGAUUGUUCCCCUUGAACAGUCCAGGGGGAAAAUCCCUGGAGAAAUUAAAUGAGUUAGGAGGAACGAAAGAGAAAGGAAAAGAUGUAUUUAGAACACCCAUAGAAUCUGUAGGCUGGGGCUGUCCAGCUCUUGCGCUGCUCUAGUUAACGUUCCGCCUCCUUCAGUCUGAUACAGGCCUGUGAAUCAGGCAAUUGGAGAUCACAAAUUCUGUAAGCCAGGAAAAGUCUUUCAGUGGCUGUGUCUGAUAAGUAGCACAAUGAGGCUCUGGCCCAUGACUGUGUUUCUUAGUUACUAUUGCCAGAUUGCAAGUGAUAAUAUUCCUGCUUGGCCUCCUAUUAGAGAAGCUGAGAACAAGGCCAGUUCAGAACUCACUUUUAGCUACUCUUAGGUGAGGAGCUCUACACUUUCCAGGGCUCCAUUUCCACACCUGAGUCUCCUUUACACUGGCAGAAGAAGAUACCCUGCUAUAGUUAGACUGUUGAACAGCUCAGCUCUUUUGAACGAUUUUUGGCAAUGUGUGGUUCAGUGUCAUCUAUUCACCUGCUAUCCCUCCAGCUAUUCUUCUGAUCUUUCUUAAUUAAUAAAAGUGUGUGUUCUAAUGAACUGUUCUAGUUAGCUUCAACUCUCCCUUCUCUGCAGUAUGUUCUGAGAGACUUUCUAGAAGUGAGAUAAGAGAACUUGGAAUAACAAAGCAUCAUUUUCUUAAAUGGCUGAAGCAUGGCAGAAGCUUUUCUAUGGCCUUCAGGUCUAAUCUAGAGCCACACAGGUGGGUAAUAAAGAUUCUCUUUUACUA